AUUUAUGUCGAUAACAAGCUCUUAAAAUUACAAUAAAAUCACUCAACCUUUAGAUUAACAGUCGAACAUAGCCAGCAACAUGUUUAUAUACGGAAUACUAUUUUCUCUAUUAAUAUUAAUACCAUUUAAUUCCGCCAGCUGUGACAAUGGCACCAUCAAAGAUUUAUUCGAAAUUUCCAUCUACAAAUACACGUAUAAAUUAAUGAGGAAGAUUUAUCAAGACAGCCAGAGUAACUUCGUUGUGUCACCUCUGUCCUCAUGGAUGCUACUCUCAGCCUUGUCACUCGGUGCUUCCAACAAUACACUUCAAGAAAUGACAAAAGAAGCCAAGCUCCACCCUGACAAUUGUUUCAACACCUUAUACCUUCAAUACGCCUUGAAACUGAUGAAGGAACUGAGCACCUUAACUGCAAGUACAUUUGAACGAAGCUCCACAAUAUUCUUCGAUAAAUCGCUGCCAAUCAAAGAAUAUUUUCUCCGCAAUGUUUCCAAAACUGGUGUUUGUAAUGUCCGGGAAAUAUCUUUCUUAGACGACAAGGUAACUGAGACAAUAAAUGAACUUGUAGAGAGUGAUACAAACGACGCUAUAGAAGAAAUGGUCACGAAUGUGAAUGUGACUGGAGUUCUGGCACUCAUGUUAGACGCUUUGUACUUCACUGGUGCUUGGAAGAUACCAUUUCCCUUCGAAGACACCACAACCGAUACUUUUUACAAUAAAAGAGGUGAACCUAUAGGUGACGUCUCUAUGAUGUACCUCUGUGACAAGUAUAACUUCACAUGGAUAAAAAAAAUACAGUCUCAUGUUCUCGAACUUCCUUAUGGCAAUGGUAGGACAUUUUCCAUGUUGAUAUUUCUGCCUAAAAUUUCUAUUAAACGCCUGAUAAGUUUAUUGCCAACUAUCACGAUAAGUUAUAUAUUCAAAUUAUUUAAAGUCUACAAACCGGAUUUGAUCACUGUGCAGAUUCCAAGAUUCAAGAUAUUCUCGUCUUUUAAUUUGAAGAAGCACCUUAUUAGCAUGGGCAUAAAGGAUGUGUUUGACUACCAGCAAGCUUCGUUUCCUGCUAUAUCGGAGCACCAGUUGUUUGUGUCCAAUUUUAUCCAGAAGGCGUCUAUAGUGGUGGAUGAGGAUGGUGAAGUGGAAGCAAACCCACAAGUGACGUUACUUCAGUCAAGGAUGUUGUUUGAACAGUUCACGGCCAACAAACCGUUCAUGUUCAUGAUAGUUGACCGAAAUUCACAUAUUCCCAUCUUCACAGGUGUUUACACGGAACCCAGCAUCUGCUCACGUGGUGAAAAUUCUAUAGAUGACGUUGAUGACUAUGUUGAUUAG